GGGGGUUCGAACCAAUCCCGUUUGGACGGACCGGUGAAAGGGCUGUUUUCACGCACCGUUUGGGCAAGGCGUUUGGCUCCAGUGCACGUAGCUUCCUCCUCCCGCUUUCCACGACGGUCUGGACCGUUCCGUGUGGCUCGAAGAUGGCGCUCUAUACCUUUAUUCAAGUGGAGGAGGUGAUCAAGCUUUUGGAGGCCGAAGGUCUCACUGGAGCUCAAUGGCUGGACCAGACUCCCAAGGAGGAGGCCAUGCCCUUGGAGCCUCAGUGGAUCAACGUGAAAGAGACCCAGGUCUUUCCUGAAGCUUCUGCAGGAGGUCUAGGACAUCCGGAGUUUUGCGCGAGGCCAUGCGUCUAUUUCAGCAAAGGCAUGUGCCGCAACGGCGCCGAGUGCGAGUAUUGUCACUUGCCCCACGUGUCCAAUCCCAAGCUCGACAAGCGACAGCGGACGAUGGUGCAAGGGAUGCCCAAGUUCGACCUUCUCACGCUGGUGCAUGGGGCCUUGCAGCUCAGAGCCCAGCGAUUGAAGAAGAAGAAUGAGGAGUUUAUCAUCGAGGAGUUGUUGGUUCUCUUGCAGAAGGAGAUCUCAGCUCUCAGCCUACAGGACGCCGUGAUGUCGACGUCCAAGCACGACCUGCAGCUGGUCACCAAGUUGUUGUCUAAAAGCUCCAUCUCAGGCAUCGUGGCGAACCUCGUUCAAUUGCCUGAUCUUUACGAGAAGAUGGAGAAGGAAAUCUCUUACUUCAAGCUACGCAGGUACACAGGGUUGUGACCCGAAAAGAAAGCCCAACCACUUCACGAUGGAGGCGCGAAUGGUGACUUGGUG